GAACUCUGAAAUUAUCCAGAACUAGCUAUAAAAAAGCUAAGUUGGCAACAGUGCUUCUGCUAAACAUUUUUUUACUGUGACAAAAACAACAUUAAAAAAAAGGGCAACGCUGAAAACAAAUCAAUUUGUGCUAUAUGCGUGUGAAUUCUGAGAUCAAAUUUUUGCAAAUCGGAUAAUUUUUUUGUUUUGUUUUUGUAGUUAGCUUCAUAUAAGCUCGCUCCUCUCCAACGGCAACGGACUGCAGCAGCAAAGCAAAGCAAAAAAAAAGACAAACUUAACCUCGCAGCUUUUGCAAAAAAAACGCGUCUGUGAAAGGAGAAGAGAGUAAGCGAGAGCGAGCUACUUGAGUGAAAAAAAGUGUUUGUUGCCGUACUUAUUCUUACCACCCCCACCCAAUUCCCCUAUUUUCCGACAACACAAUAUUAAUUAAAUAAAAAAAACGGCAAGUGUAUUAAUUUUCCGUGGCAGCAUCAAACAAAAAGAAACUAAAUAAAAAAAAAUAUAUAUAUACAAAAUUCACCGGCGAGCAAAACAAGAAGAACACAUGUACAUACAAAUUGAAAUCUAAUAUGCAACAUUAUCGCCAUGGCGUUGACAAUUGUUGUUGCUGUUGCCGUUCUUAGGCAAUUCAAUUGCAAUAAAACGAUUAAUUGAUAAACCAAAGAACAAAGAGGAAGAAAGUAAAAAAAUAAUAAGAAUUUGAUUAAAUUCAAAAUCAAACAACCGAAAAGAAAACAAUCCGGACAAUUGAACCCGAACCCAAGCAAAGGGAGUAAAAUGGAUCAUUUUCAAACAUCGCUAAAUCCGCGGAAACAGGAGCUGCUCGAGGCGCGCUUCAUUGGUGUCAGGAUGUCCGCCGGCGCUCAACUGCAGAUGGCCCCACAGACCACAUCGACCCUAAGUCAUCAUCAUCCCAGCAGUCAGGCAGCACAGCAGCAACAGCAACAGCAGCCGCCACAGCAGCAACUUUUUGCAAAUCAUCACAGUACGCAGGCGCAACAGCAACAGCAAUUGCUCCCACAGCAACUGACGCCGCAGCAACACUUGCAAACGCACACGUUGCAUCUGCAGCAGCUGACAACACAACAGCAGCAGCAGCAACAAAGUCAACAACAGGCGGCGGCAGCAGCUGCAGCAGCAGCAGCGGCGCAACAACAACAGUCGCUGCAACAUCAUAAUACACUGCCGCCACAACAUCAGCAGCAAUUGCAGCAUUUGCAUCAGCAACAACAUCCGCACGCAGCGCUGCAUCAGCAGCAGCAACAGCAGCAACCACACGGCGCUGCUGCUGGCAAUCACAGCAGCAAUCCGGACUCGAAUAUGAGCACUGGUUCCUCGCACAGCGAAAAGGAUGUCAACGAUAUGCUAGGACUCGGUAGUUUACAACAACAACAGCAGCAGCAACAGCAAUUAAAUGCUGCUGGUCUGCACUCGAACAAUGGUGCCUCCAUGCUUGACAUGCUCAAUGUACAACAGCAACCAGUAACUGGACCUGUUGCCGUGCCUGUGCCCGGACCUGGUCCCGGACCCGGACCCGCCACAAAUGCCACCGGCAAUAAAUCUCGCACACCGGCGGAACGCAAGCGUAAACGUAAAAUGCCCAAUAAUACGGAAGAAACGGGCAAUGGAGGAAGUGGUGCUGGUGGCGGUGGUGCUGGCAGUGGCAAUAGCGGUGGUGUUGUCACCAGUUUAAAAGGCAAAUCUUUGGCAUUUCGCGAUGGUUCCAUGUCCAAGGCGCUCAGUUGUGCGCUGGCCAGCGUUGGUGCGGGCAGCGGUAGUGGUUCUGGCGGUGGUGCUGGUGGUAAAAGUGCCCGAUUAAUGGUGCCCGGUGUGGCAAAUGACAAGAAGAUCAAUGAGUACUUCAAUAAGCCACAACAACAAGCGACAGCGGCAAAUGCAACACUGCGGCAACACACGGGCAGCAAAUCGCCAUCAUCAGCAACACAACAACAACAACAACAACAGCAGCAGCAGCAGCAACAACAGCAGCAGCAGCAGCAACAACAACAGCAACAAGUUAAUAGUCAAGUGCAGACGACGAAUGCGUAUUCCAUACAUGGCUAUCAUGCAACUAGUCCACAGACGCAGGCUCCAAGUCAACAGCAGGUGCAGCAAGCGGGCGCCGAGUUUCAUUAUGUUAGCUCGGCGGCAGCAGCAGCAGCGGCAGCAGCAGCCGCUGCCAAGCAACAACAACAACAGCAGCAGCAACAACAACAACAACAACGCCAGCAACAACAGACUUCCAAUGCAAUGGUUCCUCAACAAACACAAAUGGGUGUUGGUGUGGGCGUAAACGUUGCCAUGUCGCAUGUGGGCGUGGCACAUGGUGUAUUGAAUGCAGCAAGUCUUGGUCUGACAACACAACAGACACAACAGCAGCAACAACAGCAGCAACAAUUGCCAGUAACGACAUCAACAGCAAGUGUUGCUGUUGUGCCAACGCAUCAGCAACUCAAUACGCUGGGCGUGGUCGGUGGUGUUGUUGGCGGUGUGAAUGUGGGUGUUGUUGGCGGUGUUGUUGGCAGUUUGGCACCACCGCCACCACCAUUGCCAUUGCCAUUGUCAAUGCCAGCGGCAAUUAUGACAUACACAAAGGCAACACAAACGGAAAUGUCGCAAUUGGAGCUGCAGGAACGUGACGCGGAACAUGAAUCGGGCAAAGCGAAACUGGACGAGAUGACAAGACUGUCGGAUGAGCAAAAGUGCCAGAUAAUCAAUAAUCAGAAAUUGAUAGAGCAACAUAAAUCGCAUAUUGCCAAGUGCAUUGAUGUGGUCAAAAAGUUGCUGAAAGAGAAGAGCAGCAUUGAAAAGAAGGAGGCGCGACAGAAAUGCAUGCAGAAUCGCUUGAGAUUGGGACAAUUUGUGACACAACGUGUGGGCGCCACAUUCCAGGAGAACUGGACGGACGGCUAUGCGUUUCAGGAGUUGAGCCGACGUCAGGAGGAGAUAACCGCUGAGCGUGAGGAGAUCGAUCGCCAGAAGAAGCAAUUGAUGAAGAAACGACCCGCCGAAUCUGGACGCAAGCGUAACAAUAAUAGCAAUCAGCAAAAUAAUCAACAUCAGCAUCAACAACACCAGCAACACCAGCAGCAACAGCAGCAGCAGCAACAACAACAGAAUUCCAAUUCAAAUGACUCGUCACAGCUAACGGAUCGUCUGGGCAAUAAUCCAGGACCCGGCAGCCUUGACAGCGGCAUCGCCGUCGGCAAUGCGGCCGGCAAUGCAACUGGACCGGGUGGUGGUGGUAAUGCUGGAACCGGUCCUGGCACUGGUCGUGGUUUAUCCCGCUCCAAUUCGACACAGGCCCAACAGCAGGCGCAACUUCUGCACAAUGGCGGCGGUGGUGCUGGCGGUGGUGUUGCCGGCGGUGGCAAUGUCGGUGGCGUUGGCGCCUCCGGUCCCAAUGUUGGCAACAGCGGCGUCGGUGGCGGUGGCGGCGGCGUCGGUGAUCGUCUGUCGGAUCGCGGCGGCGGUGUCGGCGGCAAUGCUGGCAACUCUGGACCGGGCGGUGCCGGCGGCAUCGGUGGCAAUGACAGCGGCAGCUGCUCCGAUUCGGGGACAUUUCUUAAGCCGGAUCCCGUAUCGGGAGCGUAUACGGCGCAAGAGUAUUACGAAUACGAUGAGAUACUCAAGCUCCGACAGAAUGCACUCAAAAAGGAGGACGCCGAUCUGCAACUGGAGAUGGAGAAGCUCGAGCGUGAACGUAAUCUCCAUAUACGCGAGCUCAAGCGCAUACUCAACGAAGAUCAGUCCCGCUUUAAUAAUCAUCCUGUGCUGAAUGAUCGAUAUCUGCUUUUAAUGCUGCUGGGCAAAGGCGGCUUCUCCGAGGUACACAAGGCAUUUGACCUCAAGGAGCAACGCUAUGUCGCAUGUAAGGUGCACCAAUUAAACAAGGAUUGGAAGGAGGAUAAGAAAGCUAAUUAUAUCAAACACGCCUUGCGAGAGUAUAACAUACACAAGGCGCUGGAUCAUCCGCGUGUGGUGAAGCUCUAUGAUGUCUUUGAGAUCGAUGCGAAUUCGUUUUGCACCGUGCUCGAGUAUUGUGAUGGACACGAUCUUGACUUUUAUCUGAAACAGCAUAAGACUAUACCUGAGCGUGAGGCGCGCUCGAUUAUAAUGCAGGUUGUAUCUGCACUCAAGUAUCUAAAUGAGAUUAAACCGCCUGUCAUCCAUUACGAUCUGAAACCGGGCAACAUUCUGUUAACCGAGGGCAAUGUCUGCGGCGAGAUCAAAAUAACCGAUUUCGGAUUAUCCAAAGUGAUGGACGAUGAGAACUAUAAUCCAGAUCAUGGCAUGGAUCUGACAUCUCAAGGCGCGGGCACCUAUUGGUAUCUGCCGCCCGAAUGCUUUGUGGUUGGCAAGAAUCCACCGAAAAUCUCAUCGAAAGUGGAUGUGUGGAGUGUGGGCGUGAUAUUCUAUCAGUGUUUAUAUGGCAAGAAACCAUUUGGCCACAAUCAAUCGCAGGCCACGAUUCUCGAGGAGAAUACCAUACUGAAGGCCACCGAAGUGCAGUUCUCCAACAAGCCAACCGUCUCCAACGAGGCAAAGAGUUUCAUUCGUGGCUGUUUGGCCUAUCGCAAAGAGGAUCGCAUGGAUGUAUUUGCGUUGGCAAGACAUGAAUAUAUUCAGCCGCCGAUACCGAAGCAUGGACGUGGCUCAUUGAAUCAACAGCAGGCACAGCAGCAGCAGCAACAGCAGCAGCAACAACAGCAGCAACAACAGUCGUCCACAUCGCAGGCAAAUUCGGCGGGACAGACGUCGUUCUCAGCCCACAUGUUUGGCAAUAUGAAUCAAUCGAGCUCGUCCUAGCUGCCAACUAAACGCAAUUCCAAUU